CCUUCUCGAGGGUAAAUUCUUUGGGAUUCGCCGCUUCCAAACAGCCGAUUUCCUUUCCUCGCAGCUGGGAGGGCAGGUUCCCAGGCUGCUGCUCCUGUGCGCUCUGACUGCCGCUGCUGGACCGUCCCCAGGAGGAGUGAGUCGCUUCCCUUCUAAGGUCCCUCCAGGCAAACCAGGGGGAGGCGGGGAGGGGAUCCGGGAUCAGCCUCUCCUGCCCCCGCAGCAGCCAGGAUGCUCCGAGGCAGCGGCAGCUGCCGGCCUCUGGAAUCCCGGCCAGGCGAGUCACCCCGUUAGGGGGCCCCGCCCGGCGGCAUGGGCAGCGGCAGCAGCCGGAGGAAGCGGAGCGGCAGCCCCGCCGCGGAUCGUCCCGGCAGGCGGGGCAGAAGCAGCAGCGCCCCCAGCGGGCAGGGCGAGGAGGCCAGGGGCAGCCAGGCGCCCGCCCCCACGGAGCCGCCCAGCACCAGCCUGCGGCGGCCGCAGCCGGAGGACUCGGACUCGGACUGGGAGCUGCUGGAGGAGGUGCUGGCUGAGUGCGAGGAGCCGGGCGCGCUGCCCCCCACGGCCCCGGGCCCGGCUGCCCCCAGCCGGGGGCCCGCCGGGGACACCUGGGCCGGCCACGACCGGCACCCAGAGGCGGCGGCGGCGGCAGGGAGCGGCCGGGGCAGCGGGGCCGCCGGAGGGGACCAGCCGGCCUCCUUAACAAGAAGUACACAGGACUCGGAGAACAACAACAACUCCGCUAGUGAGUUUCCAGUCAGAAGUAACAAGAAGCCCGAGAUGCAAUCCCCAAUAUCGUACGAUUACGCUGAAGAAGAGCUCAUGGCGAGUAUUGAACAAGAGUACUGCCGCUGAGACCCAGUGCUGUACGAUCAUAGCUGACAGGGGCACAUAUGAGCAAGGGUUCUGCAAACAAAAUAACCCCGCACACAGUGAGAUUGUUCUGAAGAAAUGGAAAAGACGAGAAUGAAAUGGGAGAGAAUGUUACCACUCAGGAGGCUGUUAGUAUUGUAGGACUUCGAAGAACUCCUCUUUGGCAAGUGCUGAGCAAGAGCACUGAUUAACGAAGGAACCCUCACUGAGCAGUGAACAAAAGCUAUGUGGUGGGAAAAAAUAAGAUCUUAUUACUUUUCUCUUGUAAAUGAAUAUUUAAAAGCUAGUUUCUAAGUAAUACUUGUGUAUGAAGACAAAUAUAUUGUAAGGUUGAGAUGUGCCAUUUUGACAGUGUGAUUUCAGUCAGAGAAGUGCAGCAAAUCAUUUGAAUAAAUACUUGCUUGAUUGGAGAUAUCCAAAAUUUACCUUUCCUGACACUUAGCUAUGGGUCAAAUUCAGAUCUAUGGUAAGCAGCUUGCAACUCUUUACACCAGGUAUGAAUUUGCCCCCACAUGUUUUUUUUAAAUAUUCCACAGCACAGAAAAAGGGAGGGAAGGGAAUCAAUCAUUCCAAACUUAGGCUGCAGGAUCUAAGAGUUCAAAUCCCAGUUCUCUAUCAAACAACAGGGAUGGGAUUUGUUCUGAUUGUGCACAUGGCUCUGUUUCUUCUAGCUCCCCUUUUCCAAAGAGGCAUGGGGACUGAAGUUGUCACGAGUCCUGCUUCCUUAAAAGGCAAGAUUCUUGUCUAGUUUCUUACCUGCUGGCUUAUAGAAAUGAAAGCUACAGGGAAAUCAGAAGGACAGAAUGACGUGCACAUACCAGUCCAAUGCCACAGGUACACGCCUGUUGGGUCACCCACUUUGAGAUGGGCUUUAACAUUAUUGAAGAGCAGUAGUUCACAAAUCAGCACUCCAGCACUGGAGUUAGAUAUAAAUUGACCACUUCUGGCUUACACAGGAAUUUUCAUUAGUGUGUAAUUUAAAAUUCACCACAUUUAUCACUAAGGACAGAAAAGUAAAACAAAAAAUCCUAUAAGCGCAAAGACUCAGAGGUUUUCAGUAUGAUUGACAGUGAAGCCUUAUACUUUUUAAUUAACGUUUCUGUCCUUUUGUUUGUUUUGGAGCCUGAUAUACUUGGAGUAGCUGCUUAUCAGAAUUAGAAAAAAUAACUUCUUUCUGUCCUCUGAUGGAACAUAACACGUCAGAUGAAAUCUCAAGGGCAAAUCGAUGAGGCACAUGCUAAUGGAAACAGUGGGAUACACCUUAAGAUGUCAAGGUUUGACUUUCCCUUUGUAUUUUGGUGUAGAUUUCACAAAUAUCUAUGUUCCAGAUAAUUCUCAAUAAAAGGCAAAAGUAU